AUGAAUUAUUUGAAGAAAAGCAUUAAAGAAAAAACGCUUACGAUUAAAGAUUUCUUCAAAGAUUUAAACGCAGCAUAUAAAAAUGAUGAUGAUAAAGCAUUCAGAAAGCUUAUCAAAAAAAUGCCACAGUUUUAUAAUGUUUCUAAGAAUAAAGACCUGAUAGCAUUUGCCCAAAAAAUGAAGGCAUCAAAUUUUGGUAUUCUUGGAAGCAGGGAAGCUUACGAACAUUGGAAUGAGACUAUAAAGGAGAGAAAUAUUUUGAAAAGGGUAUAUGCCCAUUUGAAUGAGGAAGAGCAGAUUACGGAUGAAAUUGUUCAAACCACCUCAAAAAAACAAAAAGAAAUAGACAGUGCUUCACCAGCAAAAACAAUUUCUAGAUCUCCCAGUAAUAUAUCUCAAUCUUCUUCUGUAAUUUUGGCAAAUAUUUGGUCUAUUUGA